UCGCCGCCGACCAGAUCACCUAUAAACGAGCCCUUCGCAAUUCGCGUUGAACGUCUCGAAUUCUCUCUCGAGAUCGCAUCUUUCUUUCCCAUCUCAUCCCAAAGCCGCCAUCUAGACCCAGCGACAUCAACAAGUCCCAUCGCAUCACCCAUCUGCUCAUCCCCAGAACCAAAAUCAUGACAACCCCAACCCUUCCACCAAUAUCUCACCUCGCCCUCCUCCCAACACCUACCCAAACCACCGUCCUCUCCCUCCUCUUCGAGCCCUCCCAGGCCCUCCACACCCUCCUCACCCCACUCCCGCAAUCACCACCUUUCGAAUCCUACCCAGCCCUCAUAUCAAGCAUCCGCACCACCCUGCUUGCCCUCGCCACCCGCGCCCUCACGUCCCCACCUCACCUUCACACCCUCGAGCAAAUUCUCGGCAGCCACCCCCGCCUCGGCGAAAAGGGCGUUCAGGGUCAGAGCAAGGGCGAGCAAGGCAGUCUGACGGGCGAUCAGGCUGAGUUGCAGCGUCUAAAUGCGCGGUAUGAGGAUGCGUUUCCGGGGUUGCGAUAUGUGGUCUUCGUUGCCGGGCGUCCGCUACCGGAUAUUCUGGCAGAUAUGCGUGCUCGAAUUGCGCGUGGCGAUAUAGUCAAGGAACGCGAGGAGGCGAUUGAGGCCAUGUGCGCAAUUGCGCUAGAUCGCGCGUCCAAGGCUGCGAUCAGCCCUGUUUGACUUAAUUUUGCAGCGUGCUUGCUAUCUGGGAAUAGCUAGUCGCGGUCACCCAUAAAUAGGAUAGCCAACCACGGUGAACUGAAAAGUUGGAAAGCAAAAGUUCAAUGUGAUGUCGACGACGAAUUCGGAUACAAUAACACUGUGAAGCACCAAGGCGAUCUCCAGGUCCGAGGCAGGGGCGAGAAGCAGCGAAGAACUUUUUGUGACUUGUGAGACGGAUGGAUGGAUGCUAUGCACGUUCU